AUGGAGGGUAUGCCAUUGCAAUGGUUGCAUACCGUGCUACCAGUCACUCGAAUUUAUGUUAUUGGAUCUGUGGGAUUAGCCAUAGCUGAACAUUUAGGAUAUGUAAAAUUAUCAGAUAUAACUCUCAAUUCAAAUGCAGGCUUUGAUAAAGACCAACUAUGGAAGAUUCCGUUGAACAUACUAUAUAACGGUACUAUAUCAUUGAAUUUUGUUACAAGGCUGUAUUUCUUUGCAAGAUAUGCGAACUCAUUGGAACAAGCAGCACAAUCUUCCAAAAAGUUCUUUUGGAACUUAUUUAUUUUAACGUGUUUUAUUGUUCUAUAUUCGACCUAUGUUACAAAUUUGAAAUUAUACGGUCCUACUUUUCGGGAUGCAAUGUUGUAUAUAUGGACGAAGAAAAACUCCGAUGCUGAAGUAUUUUUUGCCUUUUUUCUUGUCAGGCAUAUCUGGAUCCCAUGGAUUUCAUUUGCUCUGGAAGUUGCCAUUUUAGGGGCCAGAGAUAAGAAAAAAUGGCUAAUUGAACUAUCGGGAAUUUGUAUUGGUCACCUUUACUGGUUUCUGGAUGAACAAAUUCCUCUUUUACAAGGAACGAAAACCAUACUCCGUCCUAUAUGGGAAUGGAAUUUCUUAAAUAAUGUUCAACAGCCCAUGGAAUUAAGGAACAAUCAAGAGCAAGAAAUAAGAGAUCAAGCACAAGGAGACGUGGAUGAUGAUAUACAGCUUGAGCCAAUAAAUGCCGAUAAUGAGUUAGAUUUUGAAAGAGAAACAGAGGAAACGUUGCACCAACGUUAA